AUGAACAUUAAAACUCAUGUAAAAGAUGGAAUUAUUCACGUAAAAAUGGAUGACUUAAUUGAUCAUCCUCCACAUGAUUUUAAAAUCAAUGCAAUACAACCAACUUCCUUUAAAAAAAUAAGAAUGAAGCCCAAAAUUAUAAGCUUAAAAGAUGCUCAUAAACGAAUGGGACAUACGGGAGUUCAACGAAUUGAAAACUCCAUUAAACAUAGUCAUUACGAAGAAAAUAUUGAUUUAAUUAAAGAACCAAAUGAAUUUUGGUGUGAAACUUGUAAGGUUUCAAAAGCCACGAGAAGGAACCAUUAUGCUGGAUCCAUGAACGAACACAGUAUCGAUCAUGAACCGGGUUCAUCGUGGUGCAUGGAUAUCUUUGGUCCAGUAUCAAACUCGAACUCGGAUACGAAAAGAUACAUGCUUAUUAUGGUUGAUAACAAUACAAGAUAUUGCAUCACCUCCACACAUUUUAACAAAAAUGCUGAAACUAUCUUAGCACAGAUCAAGAAGAAUAUUCAGUAUGUGGAAACACAAUUUGACAGAAAAGUCAGAGAAAUCAAUUCAGACCAAGGAACUGAAUUUACAAAUGAUCAGAUAGCAAAAUAUUUUGUUUCAAAAGGAAUUCAUCAUAUUUUUUCCGCUACACAAGAUCAUGCUGCCAACGGAAGAGCAGAAAGAUACAUCAGAACCAUUGUUACUGAUGCAACAACCUUGUUAAAACAUAGUAACUUACGUAUUAAAUUUUGGGAAUACGCAGUAACAUCUGCUACCAAUGUACGCAAUUGUUUAGAAAACAAGACCACAGGUCAACUACCCUUAAAGGCGAUCUCUAGUCAACCUGUUAAAGUGAGAUUCAUGUCCUUCUUACCCUUCGGAGAACAAGGAAUAAUUUGGAAUCAUAAACACAACAAACUAGAACCAUCAGGACUUAGUGCUAUAAUAUUAUGCAAAGAUCCUAAUAGUCAUGGAUACAAAUUUUUUGUACCAUCUAUUAAAAAAAUUGUCACUUCAGAUAAUUACACAAUUCCAGACUAUGCAGUGGAUCCAAUAUUAAGGAACACACAGAACAUAUACCUAGAUGAUCAAAGUAGAUCAGAUACCUUCAAUGAAGCAGAAAGCUCAGAUGCUGUUUCAAGAUUAUAUGAUGCAUUGGAAAAUUACGAAGAUGAUCAUAAACGAGUUACACUACUUACAGACUUGUUUACCACAGAAGAAUUAGCUCAGAUCGAAGUUAAUGCUAAAUAUCCAUCUCCUAGUGAUAAUCUAGAAGGAAAUUUAGACUACGUCUUCGCUAACAUAGAAGAAUCAGAAGAAGAUGAAUACGAUCAUGUGACAAACAUGGAUAUAGAUUCAGAUCUUCAAUUAAAAGAAAAGAUCACUACUGAAAGCGAUCGAAACAAAAUAAAUAAAUCAAGUACUACUGAUGAAGAUAUCCUCGAUGAAAAUGUUUAUAGAAUUCCCACGGCAAUACAAGAAAAUCUUGUUGGAAGCCAGAAUACUAUAAACAUCAAUAAUGAUGGUAAUAUUGCUAGCAGAAUGCAAAGGAAGAUCAGUGGUAAUGAAAUAAACUACAAAGAAUUAUCAGAUGAUGAGAGCGAUUAUAGUUCCCAUCAUCCUACAACUGACUCAGUUACAGUUACAAGAAAAAAUAAUAAAACAGAUAGUGUAAUCAUAGAAUCACAACAGGAACGAUCUGUUGAACCGUCUGUUGAAUCAGUUCAUGACACAGUGCCUCUUGAAAAAGGGAGCAUUGAAAGAAACGUUAAAUUUCGAAGUCCAGAAAAUGAAGUUGAUUUGAAAACAAACGAUAUGAACUUACCUAUAAAAACGGUAGAACGCGUCAAUAAUUAUCAUACUGAUGAUUAUUCAACAAACAAUGAAGACAAUAAUGAUGGUGAAAAUCAUCACCCGACCCCGCUUGAGAAUAGUGUGGACAACAAUAAUAAGGCAGGGACAUUAAACGACUCUAAUGAAAAUAAUUCAUCAAAGGAACAGAAUGAAAAGCUGGUAAAAUCGGAACAAAGUAGUGAAACUCAAGAGUCAAAUACUACGUUAGAAACCUCAAUUACCACAACUGAAACAGAUGACGCAUCAAGAGCAAUUGCUGAUAAAACUGCAUUCUUGAGUAAAACAUUUGGUUCCUUGAAUAGAAAAAGAAAGAGACACGUUGAAAACAAUAAUCCUGCUGGUCACAAAUUUGAAAGAGACAAAAAACGUCUAAAGAAAAAUAGAGUUAAAUUAGUUCCAGAUAAUACUGAAACAAGCUCAACACCGAAAAUUAGAGCCAUCUAUUAUAAUGAAGCUAUUACAAAAAAUACAGAUCUCAAAGAAAAACAUGAAUACAAACAAGCAUAUCAUAAAGAAUUGCAUAAUCUCAUAGAUAUGGAGGUUUUUGAUAUGAAAAUCAAGUAUAACAGGACAGAAAUUCCUGAUAAAUUAAUAAUUCCCACAAAUACAAUUUUUACAAAGAAAAGAAAUGGUAUUUAUAAAGCAAGGAUUGUGUGUAGAGGUGAUAUUCAGACACCUGACACUUACAACGUAAUAGCUACGGAAUCCUUAAAUCACAAUCAUAUUAAAAUCUUUCUAAUGAUUGCGAACAACAGAAAUAUGUUUAUGAAAACUUUGGACAUCAAUCAUGCGUUCUUAUAUGCUAAAUUGGAAGAAGAAAUAUACAUUCCGCAUCCACAUGACAGGAGAUGUGUAGUUAAACUCAAUAAAGCAUUGUAUGGUCUUAAGCAGAGUCCUAAAGAAUGGAACGACCAUCUAAGACAAUACUUGAAUAGUAUUGGAUUAAAAGAUAACACUUAUACUCCAGGAUUAUAUCAAUCCGAGGAUAAGAAUCUAAUGAUUGCAGUUUAUGUUGAUGACUGUGUUAUUGCAGCAGAUGAUGAACAAAGAUUGGAUGAAUUCAUAAAUGAACUAGAAAGUAAUUUCGAACUGAAAAUUACAGGGACCCUAAUAGAUGAUGUACUUGACACAGACAUAUUAGGAAUGGAUUUAGUAUACAACAAAAAACUUGGUACUAUUGACUUAACAUUAAAGUCAUUCAUAGAAAGAAUGACUGAAAAAUACAAAAAGGAAUUGGAAAAGGUUAGAAAAAGUUCAAUUCCACAUACAUCGACUUACAAAAUAGACCCUAAGAAGGAUGAACUCCAGAUGUCUGAUAAAGAAUUCAGACAGGGCGUUUUGAAGCUACAACAAUUACUAGGUGAACUAAACUACGUUAGAUACAAAUGCAGAUAUGACAUUGAAUUUGCUGUUAAAAAGGUAGCUAGAUUGGUAAACUAUCCUCAUGAACAGGUUUUUUACAUGAUCUACAAAAUAAUUCAAUAUCUCGCACGGCAUAAAAACAUUGGAAUACACUAUGAUCGGGAUCUUGAUAAAGACAAGAAAAUUAUCGGUAUUACAGAUGCUUCAGUAGGAUCAGAAUAUGAUGCACAAUCAAGAAUUGGAGUUAUAAUAUGGUACGGAAGGAAUAUUUACAAUAUUUAUUCCAACAAAAGUACAAAUAGAUGUGUAUCCUCAACUGAAGCAGAACUUCAUGCAAUCUAUGAAGGUUAUGCAGACUCAGAGACACUGAAGGCAACCUUAACAGAACUAGGAGAAGGAGAUAAUAGAAACAUUGUCAUGAUCACUGACUCGAAACCCUCUAUUCAAAGUUUAAACCGUAGUUAUCAACAACCUAAAGAAAAAUUCACUUGGAUAAAAACGGAAAUAAUAAAAGAGAAAAUCAAGGAGAAGGUUAUAAAACUGUUAAAAAUCACUGGCAAAGAAAACAUUGCAGAUUUACUUACAAAACCAGUAUCAAUCUCUGAUUUUGAAAGAUUCAUAAAAGUAUUAAAAAAUCAGAUAACAUCACAGGAUAUUUUGGCCUCAACAGACUAUUGA